AUGGUUUACAACGAUACGCUUGGCGGGAAUCAUGAGGAUGUCGAACAGGACGAUUUCACCGCUCCAGUCAAGAAUGAGCCUCCCGGGAACACCGAUGAACUAGAAAUGACAUUGCAUGCACUUUUGACCGGGUCCAGUGAACACCAUGAGGUUUCUGAUCCCAUACACAGCGCUAUCGAGAAGAGCAUCUCGGAAAUGGAGCUUCCCGAUAUGAUGAUCGACACUCCAGAUGGCUGGGACUCCCUGGGCCAGGAAGAAAGAAAUUUUGAACAUAUUGGACACGCAGAGAACGAUCAUAACAGUAACCUAGCACAGCUCACCGUGGACAGAAUCCUUGCUGAGCACACAUUGCAUGGCGUUGAAGUCGCAGACAAACUAAAAAGAGGAAGCGAUGACGAAUUGGAACAAGAUUUGGGAAUUAACUUACAAGAUCAGCAAGCGGAACAAAACGCUCUUGCUGUUGAAAAUUGUACUCAGGAAAACACACAUAAGACAUUGGGUGUGUACCAAACAUUGUCUCCGGCAAGUCUAUCGCCAACUUCGGACUCCGAGUCCCAAUACAAGCAUAAGAAGCAUCAGCCCCACGCAGUGAAGGCUCCGACUACGAACAAUACCAAUACCAAACAGAAAUCAACCCUAACUCAAAAAGUUCAUAAUCCCACGGACCAGCCCGCCAAGUUUUCCGAGGAGUUCACGAUGGCCCAAGUUGCCGACGUGAAAAAGAGGAUCAUCAAUACGCAUAAGCUUUUUCUCAACUUCAACUUCUUGAAGGAUGGAUACGCUAGGACCAGCGUAGAAUUAAAGAGAAGCUUGCUGAGAUUAAAGCAGAGCGAAAUCCAUAGAGCUCACCUUAUGCAUGAAAACGAGCAGCUCAGGAAACUCGUCCUCGAACAGUGCGAAAAGCUCGACGUCGCAGACGUUAAAAGCUGA